CGCUGCCCGCUGCCACACGGAGCCGCCUCCGAGCGCCCCGCUGCCGGCGGGGGGCUGGCGGCCGGGGCUCCGCCGCGCCGGAGCAGCGCGUAGCCAUGCUUCGGUGUAGUUGCCCGUAGCUGCUGAGGAAACCUCUCUUCUCUAUGCGAACUGUUGACAUGGAAAACAAGGAAAAUGGUUCUCUGGAUGUCAAAAAUUCAGUAGAAAACGGGAGACCUCCAGAUCCUGCUGACUGGGCUGUUAUAGAUGUUGUGAAUUAUUUCAGGACAGCUGGAUUUGAAGAACAAGCCAGUGCUUUCCAAGAACAGGAAAUUGAUGGCAAAUCAUUACUGUUGAUGACAAGAAAUGAUGUACUGACUGGACUUUCAUUAAAACUGGGGCCUGCGCUGAAAAUCUAUGAAUAUCACGUAAAACCUCUACAGACACAACAUCUAAAGAACAACUCUUUAUAGCGAAUUGUCUAAUUGGGGUCAUGUUGUGCCUCAAACAGUAAAUAAGCAAUUUGGUUUCAUGUGAUGGAACUUUGUAAAGAGAGAAUAUAUUAAGAAUUUAAACCAAAUUUAGAUAUUUAUCCUAUUGGAUAGAGUUGGCAAUAUAAUGUAUACUGAGUCUGAAUUGAGAGAGGUGGUGUGUAUUUUUCACAUAGUGCAUAAUGAUUUUCUCUUUUAGGGUUUGUCAGUGAGCAUGUUGAAAUAGCUACAUCACUGUAUCCAGAACAAAAGGGAGGUAUGUCAUUCUCAUUUUUGAGCCAGACUUGUUCUUAAUAUCAUUAUUUAAAUACCAAAAAAUCAAACAAACAGAAGAAAAAUAAAGUUUACGUGCAUCUUUGGGAGAGAUAAACCGUUGGAAGUAUCUUCUGGUGUACAAUAAAAACCUACUAAAACUAUUACUACUUGUAAUUCUGGGAUGGGACUGACAUUUGCCAACUCACCCUUUUUUGCAGAGGGUCCUAUUUUGACCUUAUUAAGGUUUAUUUGUGGUAUGCCGCGAUGUUUAAAGCUGUACAUAAAAUAACAUAACCCCUUCGAUAGCAGAAGGUGUUGCUGACAGGUGAAACUGGGUUGUGUAUUUUUUGCUGUCCUUUAAAUUUUCAGCUUGUUUUCACCUGUUUUUAACGGUAGCUCUAUGUAAAGUAUAGUUGGUUUUUAAAGUUUGUGUUGCUUUGCAAGCAAAAGAAAUAGAUCAUUCUUUUUUAAUUUAUGAUAACUUGUUUUCUAACAUUAUGCAGAAAUUUGUUAAACAAACCUGCACAUUUUUAAUAUUGUCUGUCAUUGGUGUUGUAAUGGUUUAUUUUUUUUUAAUGCUUUACUUAAUAGUUUGAAUACUUGUUUUAAAAACUGAAAGAAACUGUCUUGUCACCAUACAUCUCUGUUAAAAGAGAGUCUUGUUCAAUCUGUUUGUACCAGUUCCUUCCUUGAUAGGUUGCUUGCUAUAACCCAAUAAAGCAUUGCUUAUGUUUGAA